UAGUGAAACGGAAUUUCAGCAAAAAUCUUUACAAAAUGGUGAAAAAGUUUAUUCAAGUCAUCUUGGCAAUUGGAGCACUGGCAGCAUGUGUUCAGUGUGAAAUUGAAAUGAGAAACUUCACUCAGCCCUUGGAUCAUUUUGAUGAGAACUGCACGGAAACCUGGGACAAUACCUACUACAUUGAUGAAUCAUUCUAUCAACCCGGUGGACCGAUCUUCCUCUACGUGGGAGACAUGCAGUUCUACUUCACAGAUUACCGUAUCAGAUCCAGCCAUUUUAGAGACAUUGCCAUAGAAGCUGGAGCAUUGCUUGUAGCCACAGAGCAUCGAUACUACGGCAAUAGUCGUCCUGUUCCUGAUCUCACUGCUGAUAAUCUUGUCUACCUGACUUCAUCUCAAGCUAUAGAGGACAUGGCUGCCCUUGUUCGCUUCAUCAGAUCAUCUUCGCCUGAUCUCGAAGAAGCCAAAGUCAUUGCAGCAGGUGUUGGACACGGAGGCGCUCUAGCAACAUGGUUAAGACAAGCAUAUCCUGACCUAAUUCACGCCGCAUGGGCAUCAAGUGCCAAACUCAAUGCUAUACUGAACUUUGGAGAGUUCCACACAACAACUACGCAAUCUGUAAGAAUUUACGGAGGAGUUCUUUGCUACGAUAGAAUGGCAAAUGCCUUUGCCAUGCUUGAAGAAGUUUUCCAAAAUGAAAACUACACCAAACUUGUGGAAGUCUUCAAAAUGUGCCCAGCUGAGGAGGAAUUUGACGAAGAAGUAGCAGGAGCUCUCUUCUUUGGUACCCUAGCCACAAUGAUUGGACAGAUUAUCAGUAUGAUGCACUCUCCAGCAAUCACAUCGUUUUGCGGAUAUUUGGAAAGAGGCGAAAACGACAUGAUGGGUCUUGCAGAUUGGAUUUAUUACUAUGUUUACAAUGAGCAAGGUUGUCUACCGGCAAAUAUGUAUGACCUCCUUUCGGAAUAUAUGGGAACGAGUUGGGAAGAUCAGGGUGUUAUUAUUGGAGGACGUCAGCAGGUUUGGCAGAGCUGCAAUGAAUUCGGCUGGUUUAAAUCGUCAAAUGCAUCAGAUCAUCCCUUUGGAGAUCGUUUCCCUUAUGAACGCUUCUAUGAGCAAUGCAAUUUCCUCCUAAACUAUACGAUAACCCAUGAAGAACUCUUAGCUAGUGUGGACAAUACCAACGCCUUAUUCGGAGGAUUGUCUCCCAACGUAACCAGAGUUUACUUUACAAAUGGCAACAUUGACUCUGAGAAGACUCUCUCUGUUUUGGAAGACCUCAAUGAUCAAGCACCUGCCGAUGUUAUUCCCUACUUUGGAACAGGAGCAGACUUUGAGUCUAUGAACACAACUGUUUUCCAAGGCUUGAGAGCAGUUCAGGAGCGAGUUAGAACUCUUCUCCUUGAAUGGCUGGAAAUUGACGAUGAGCACACAGAAGCACCAACAGAAGGAACAACAACGACAACAGAAGCAACCACAACAACAAUCGGGAUCACGCCGUAUAAUUGAGCAACACCCCGCGGCUAAAUUUAUCUCACUUCUCUUUGAAGAUUAAUCAUUUCCGCAUAAAGUACUUGUAAGACAAAUUGCGUAUUAUUCUUCGGCGCUAUUUAUGACUCUCCAAAUUGUCUCACAUGCUUUGUUGCUUAAAAUAAUCAAGGGCGAAAGAACCACCAUAAUACUGGUUUGUUGCUUCAUGUUUAUGGCGUUUUAUUGCGGAACUGACCUGGAGUACUUUUGGUCUAUUUUCAAGAAAAUGAAAGAAAUUUAAUCAACCGCCCAAAAAUAAGAUGAUGGAAAGUUCCACAGAUAAAACGCAGAUAAGUGAACAGUUGCGAAAUCUAAUAAAAUUGCGGUAACUACUAGUAGAGCUAUCUAGGAGGAACCAAUUAAAAAUUUUCACAUUGAGCGCCUAAAAUUAUACUUACUUUAUAAAUUGUUAUUAAGAGAUGAUAAAAUACUUUUUUUUUU